ACCUUCCCCACGACAGGUUCGUCUGCCCACCCAGACCCUACCUGUCCCCAGGCCUCGCGCUGACCACCGUGAGGCGACAGGACACCGUCCUCCGCUCUUCGCGGCGCAGUGCGGCCUCUACAGGGCCACUGUCCCGGGACAGGUGGAGAGAGGGGUCCACGCGGGCACCUGGCCAUAAAGGAGCGGCCCUGCCAGGCAGGAAUCUCCUAACUCGAGCCGAGCGGACGGCCGGGGAGUGUCCGCUGGAGAACCGAGCGCCACCGCCGCGACCCCAGUCCCCGGACCUCGUUCGGGCCCCGUCCCCACCUCUCCCGCCCGGACUGUGCUCUCUAGGACCCGGCGGCGCGCGUCCCGCCCGGCGUGGGCGGAGCCCCGGGUAUUGUGACGUCACGUCGAGGCGGGGCUCCGGGCUUGGUCAGACAGACAAACGGACGCCCCGCGUAUCCGCGAGCCGGCGCGGCGGGCUCCGGUGGCGGAGGAUCGCACAGGGUAGUGGCGGCCAUGUGGGGGUGACAGUCAACGCGCGUUCCAGGAGCCCGUGGGAGCGAAGGGGACUUGGCCUGGUGCACGUCAGCCAGCCCGCCCGCAGGGCGGCACAGGUGUUCGCAAUGGACGCACAAGGCUUGGAUUGGCUUUUGGUCCCGCUGCAUCAGCUGGUUUCCUGGGGGGCAGCUGGGGCCAUGGUUUUCGGAGGGGUGGUGCCAUAUAUCCCGCAGUACCGGGACAUCCGGAGGACUCAGAAUGCCGAGGGCUUCUCUACUUACGUGUGUCUGGUGCUCCUGGUGGCCAAUAUUUUACGAAUACUCUUUUGGUUUGGGCGGCAUUUCGAGUCCCCACUCCUCUGGCAGAGCAUCGUCAUGAUCCUCGCCAUGUUAGUGAUGCUGAAGCUCUGCACCGAAGUCCGCGUGGCCAACGAGCUGAACGUCAAACGCCGUCUCUUUGCAGAUAAGGAUGAAGAAAUCAAAGUCGCCCCCAGGCGGUCAUAUCUGGACUUUGACCCUCACCACUUCUGGCACUGGAGCAGCUUUGCGGACUAUGUGCAGUGUGUCCUGGCCUUCACGGGCGUAGCAGGCUACGUCACAUAUCUGUCCAUCGACUCGGCCCUGUUUGUGGAGACCCUGGGCUUCCUGGCUGUGCUGACUGAAGCCAUGCUGGGCGUGCCGCAGCUGUACCGUAACCAGCGCCACCAGUCCACGGAGGGCAUGAGCAUCAAGAUGGUGCUCAUGUGGACAAGCGGCGACACCUUCAAGACGGCAUACUUCCUGCUGAACGGCGCGCCCCUGCAGUUCUCUGUGUGUGGCCUGCUGCAGGUGCUGGUGGACCUGGCCAUACUGGCACAAGCCUACAUAUUCUCCCGCCACCCCCCAAAGCCUGCCCCCCACACGGCGCACCCCACCAGUGCCAAGGCGCUGUGAGGCAGCCCGGCGGAUGAGGACAUGUGACUGAGGGCCCAAGACGGGUGACCAGGAGCCCCAGGAUCCAGUGUGUGUGAUCCUGGGCCAGGCACGCAGGGCCUGCAGUCUCAGUGGCGAGGGCACUCAGAACGGCGGGGUCCAGGGUGUGCCAGGCCAAAUGGGAGGGCGGCGCACCAACACAGGACCUGUGCCCUCGUUCAUCUGGCUGGAGCUGGCCUCUCCGGGGCCACCUGCACGCGGUCACCCCCCAGGAUUCAGGACGGGGUCUGGGCCCUUGGCCUGGCAGCUACAUCGGCCUCUUCUCUGGGGGUGAGGGGACAAGUCUCGGUCCGUGCCAGGUGGGCACUGGCCAGAGCAAGCUCAGGGGGUUUGAAUCAGAGCCUGAACUUUUCCAUGAGUCCUAGACGGGGUGGCCAGUUGCGGGUGGUGCACGUGAGCUCCCCGACGGCCGAGGGCCCAGGGCUGGGCCAGCAGACGCACACAGCCACCCCCAGGAGGGCCGCACGUGCAGCGUUUCCCCUCAUUCUGGGAACGCACACACCUGCAGCACAUGGACGUGAUGUCCAUCUUCUGGGACGGGGACAGAUGAGGCAGGCCUCCCUGUGGCAGCCCCGAACCCACACUCCGCAGCUCCCGGGCCUGCAGUGACUUCCAGGGUCUUGGGCCAUGGCCUGGUGAGGGGGUCUGUGCUCACUGUCCUCCUGCCUGUGCACCGCUCUCCAUGUCCACUGCACCUGGCUGUGUGGGGGCUUCUGGCCUGACACCAGGCACCCCAGGUUCGUUCCCCCUUUCAGUAUUACAUGAGUGUCUCCACUGUGCCCAACAGCCCUGUGCCAGCUCCCAGGCCCCGAAAGGCCAGGUGUUCCAGAUGUUUCCGUGUGGCUCCCACAGGCAGCGCUUUCCCUUCUGCUGGGUGGAGGGGUGGCUCUCAGAGCCAGAGCUCGAGAGGGACCUUGUGGCCGGUGGGGCAUCCCUGUGGUGGCCGGUGAGAAGCUUUCGAAGCCAAUUCCUCCUCCUGAGUUUUCCUCAAAAACUCCUGAAUGUUUCAGUGAGGAUCCUGCUUAGUUCUUUGGCCUGAAAGAUGCUUUGAAAACAUUUAUUUUAAAAAAUGAAGGCAGAUGUCUGUAGCAGUAAUUGCCUUUAAACCAAAACAUCACCGAUGGUAGUGGUGACCGAAUGUGCCACAUGUGCGAGCACGCAAGGCUCUGCCAAUAUGGUGACUUUAAAUCAAUAAACUGCUCGCGGAUCCAG